AUUGGAGGAUACGGAUGUUGCCUUCUCUUCAAAAUUACCGUUACUGUGGAAGGCAUGCUAAUGCGUGCCGACUCCUCUCUGCCGUUUAUGAAUUUUGUGUUCUUGUCCUUCCCUCAAACAAGGCCUAAAAGCGCACACUGCCGCUGCCGCCUGCCUGCUCGAUGCCUCUGGUACCAAUGAAGCAUGGAAGAGCGCGAGUUGGAGGUGGUUAACAGCAUUUGUUGGCGAAAAUCUCCCGUUUUCUUAACUUCCUUGGUUGGAACCACGGCAUACUGGUACAUGAACCCAAGUGCUUUGUGUCUGUUUGUAGCCGAAGGAAGGUGAAAGAAGGGCUUCGACCCAACAUUAUCAGUGAUUUUCAGUGUGAAGACCUGAAUCUCAGCGGCGACCAAUGUCUAUGCAUUUCCUUGAGAGCCCUCUCCAUUGAUGGUACAUUCUUUCAAAGAAGGCGUCUCUCCUGGGGCUGAAGACGGUACAACAAUCGGGCCCCAACGUUCAGAGCUAUGCAGCUCUAGGCUGGAGUAGUGGAUUCGUGGGUCACGUUGUUGGCUAUGCGCCCAGCUUGCUGAGUGUCGCCUACGUGCCUCUGCUUCCCUUCCGAAAGCUCUCUGCACGCUUUCUGGCAAGCCAAUCUUUUUGCUCUGAGCAACUUUCCUUCCUUCGUAGGAAAUGGAGAGUGGCGAGAUUGGUUCUGGGGAAGCGGCGAAUCCUGCCGCGUCCAUAUUCCUAGCUAUCGCUGGGUUUGCCGCCCGGGCGACUUGGGUAGGAGGACUCAUACUCCUUUGUAUGGUAGUACUUCUCUGGUACUUUCAAGAAAAGUUGCUCUUCUAUCCGGGGGUGCCGCAGGGGUUUGAAACACCGGAUAAGAAUCCCAAGGGACUCCGCAGCCCUGCUGAGCGGGGUUUACCCUUCGAGGAGCUAUGGCUGAGAACGGUCGAUGGCGUGAAGCUCCAUUGUUGGCUUAUCAAACAGAAGCUACCGCAAGUUGCAGCUCAUGCACCCACUUUGAUCUUUUUCCACGGGAAUGCCGGAAAUGUCGGGUUUCGGCUGCCAAAUGUCGAGCUUCUGUAUAAGCAUGUCGGCGUUAAUGUUCUCAUCGUCUCGUAUCGUGGAUAUGGAUUUAGUGAGGGAUCUCCGACAGAAGCUGGAGUCUACCGAGAUGGUGAAGCAGCCCUGGAUAUGCUAGUCGAGAGGCAAAAUGAGCUACAUAUCGAUGCAAACAAGAUCUUCCUUUUUGGACGAAGUCUUGGUGGCGCCGUUGCGAUUGACCUAGCGGUGCAGAGACCUCACCAGGUUCGAGGCGUCAUUGUGGAGAAUACCUUCACUUCACUACUGGAUAUGGUCUGGGUCGUUUUUCCACUCCUUCGGCCGUUCCAGCGCACUGUGAGAAUCUUGCAGAGACUGUACAUGGACAACGGGGAGAAAAUUCAGAGGCUCCGUCUGCCAAUCUUGUUCAUCAGUGGGCAGAAAGAUGAGCUCGUGCCAACACGUCACAUGAAAAAACUUUUCGAACUGUGCCCUUCUCCACUCAAGGAGAAAGAAGACGUGCCCCUCGGAGGUCACAAUGACACUUGGGAAUGGGCCAUUGGAGGCAAAAGCUACUACGACCGCAUCGCAGCCUUCAUUCAGCAUGCGCUGCAGUUCGAGGACCAGCAGUCCCGGCAGCAGAUUGACGAAUCAGGUCUCACGCGUCGCCGCCCUUCCUCAUCACCUUCGGACACCCUGACGAUUCCCUCGAUCUCAAAAUCUGGUGCGCAAGUGCUGGAAGAGGAGGAAAGGAGUGUGCACGAUCUUCCGCUCUCUAUGACACCCGCGGACGCUGCAGCCAUGUGUUCGAGUGGUGCCUCCGAAUCCGUGCUUCCAAAAGACACGGUUGAGGAAGGGGAGGACCAGGCUCCAAAAUAUGUUGAGUCGUGCUCACCGACUUCUCUCGACUUGCCCACAGCAGCAAGAGCUGCGCGUGAGGUUGUCGCCGCUGCUGCUUCUGCGGCCUCCUCUGCAGCCGCGAAAGCAGCAUCUGUCGCUUUUUCUGCAGACGCAGGCGCGAGUCAUCGCUCGAGAGUCGGAGCAGAACAGGGCGAUGAAGGACGCAGUGAACCAUCUACUGCCAGUGGCCUUCGCCAGAGGGUAGUGGAUGCGACUUGCGAAAGAAGGUCUGAAUGAGAAGAAAUGAAUGAAGACUUGUUCUGAGAAGGAACUGAGAGAUCUCACGUGGCUAUCUCUCAAGCCAGAGGAGCAGCUUCCUCAACCAAUCAAUCUCGGAUUUCGAGUGUGUACACAGAAGCAGGAGGGCAGGGAUUUUGACUGGCGGCAGACGCGGCAUCGUAGAGUUGGGCCUAGUGCAAUUGCCUCUCUGGUGUCUGCGCUACUCAUGAGUAUGCGCUCUGUUCUGUUAGUCAAAAACCGUGAUUUUGCCAGUUGAACAUUACAGGCAUGACGUUGUGGCGGCUGGCAACGCCCUUCAACGCCCUCAGGCGUUUUACAAACUGUAUUCAGGAUUAAUCUGGGGAAAAAAGCGAGUGUGUCCGUGCUGUGUUUUGUAGCGAAGAUGUGUCUUGGCUGAAUACGGGAUUGCCCGAAUAGCUGUCAUCCGAGGCAUUAAUACUUGGCUCAGCAUGGUCUCAUCUUCUCCGCUGUUUCAACUUUGUUCAUAUGCCCUCUCCGUACCUCGGACGCAGGUAGCUCACGAGACCCGCGAGAUGUAGUGGCGGGCCAUCGUAUCUGGCCGUUGACAUGCGGUGUUAUAGUGUGGCAUGUUCUGUGCACAGACAGUGUACGUGUGAAAAAGCGCAUAGAGCCAUCUCGGCUGUACCUUUUUGCCCGUUCAACUGAUAAGAAUUCAUGGCGCAGCGUCGCCAGUCAAAAGGUGUCCACACUCUCACACAUGUUCAUGCGGAAGACUACUGACAACUGAAGAAAACGGAACUGCACUGACCUAUGUAAACCAUACUUUUCCCUAUAAAGCUCUUUUCUCC